GGCCCUGAGCGGCCGGGGCGGGGCCGCGGAGCUGAAGGUGCUGCAGCCCGGUAGCGACAGGUGCGCCGGGCAGACGGAGCGCAGGACGGUGGGUGGCGGUGCAGCGCCGAGCCCGGACGGCUAAAAAGUCAGCCCACAGGUGUCUCAGAGUCUGUAGACAAGAUGGAAUCGACUCCAUUUAAUAGACGACAGUGGACUUCCAUGUCAUUGAGAGUAACAGCCAAAGAACUUUCUCUUGUCAACAAGAACAAGUCAUCUGCAAUUGUGGAAAUAUUCUCCAAGUACCAGAAAGCAGCUGAAGAAGCAAACACAGAAAGGAAGAAAAAUAACACUGAAAGUCUCCCGCAGCACUUUAGAAGAGGGACCCUGUCUGUGUUAAAGAAGAAGUGGGAGAACCCAGUGACUGGGGCAGAAUUCCACACAGACUCACUGCCGAACAGCAGCAGUGAGGGUAGGCACACAGCGGACCACCCUUCUGUUGGAGCGACGGACAAGCCUGCCCCUGGAGCCAGAGCUGACCGGGAAGAGCAUACCCAGCCCAAACCUAGAUUUGGAUCUCGUCCGGAAGCUGUUAUUCAGUGUCGGUAUCUCCACACAGAAGACAGCCACGAUUUUAAAAUCCAGGCCACGGAGAGCCAAAAAAUGGAAAACUGUCUGGGAGAUUCCAGGUAUGAAGCAGAGAAGCCAGAAACGAGCGAAAGCACAGAAACAUCAGGCAAAAUAGAGAAAUACAAUGUUCCGCUGAACAGACUAAAGAUGAUGUUUGAGAAAGGUGAACACAGCCAAACGAAGGGUCUCUGGACCCAAAGCCGAAAUGCAGGCGGAAGGAGGCUCUCUGAAAACAGCUGUUCCCUGGACGACCUGGAAAUAGGUGCAGGUCCUUUGUCUUCCUCUGAGUUCAACUCGGAGAAAAAUGAGAGUAAGCGGAGUCUGGAGCUGCCACGCCUCUCUGAAACCUCCAUAAAGGAUCGCAUGGCCAAGUACCAGGCUGCCGUGUCCAAGCAGAGCAGCCCAGCCAGCUACACAAAUGAGCUGAAAACCAGUGGAAGCAAAACUCAUAAAUGGGAGCAGAAGGAGAAUGUGCCCCCAGGUCCUGAGGCCUGCAGCAUCCAUCAGGAAGGGAGCAAGGUUUUUGCAACUGAGAAUAGCCUGGUGGCCCACUCUGUCCCUGCUGAAGAUGACACCUGUAAUUCCCAGGUGAAGAGUGAGGCCCAGCAGCCUGUGCACCCUAAGCCACUGAGUCCUGAUGCCAGGACCUCCAGUCUUCCAGAAAGUUCUCCAUCCAAAACAGUGAAGAAGUUUCAGGCGCCUGCGAAGGAGAGCUGCGUGGAGUGUCAGAAGACUGUGUACCCCAUGGAACGGCUCCUGGCCAACCAGCAGGUGUUUCACAUCAGCUGUUUCCGAUGCUCCUACUGCAACAACAAACUUAGUCUAGGAACAUAUGCAUCCUUACAUGGAAGAAUCUAUUGUAAGCCUCACUUCAAUCAACUCUUCAAGUCCAAAGGCAACUAUGACGAAGGCUUUGGGCACAAGCCCCAUAAGGAUCUGUGGGCAAGCAAAAGUGAAAAUGAAGAGACCCUGGGGAGAGCAGACCAGCCUCCUAAUGCAGGGGAGACCCCCCAUAGCCCGGGCGUAGAGGAUGCCCCCAUCGCUAAGGUCGGCGUGCUGGCUGCAAGCAUGGAAGCCAAGGCCUUCUCUCAGAGGGAGAGGGAGGAUAAGCCAGCUGAGACCAAGAAGCUGAGGAUCGCCUGGCCUCCGCCAGCCGAGCUGGGCACUUCAGGAAGUGCCCUGGAGGAAGGGUUCAAAGUCUCGAAGCCCAAGUGGCCUCCGGAGGAUGAGGGCUGCAAGACGGAAGCUGCGGAGGAUGUAGAUCUGGACCUGAAGAAGCUGAGGCGGUCUUCGUCCCUGAAGGAGAGGAGCCGCCCGUUUACUGUAGCGGCUUCCUUUCGAACCUCUUCCAUCAAGAGCCCCAAGACCUUGUCGCCAUCUCUCAGGCGAGGCUGGAGCGAGUCGGAGCAGAGUGAGGAGUGUGGAGGGGGGAUAGCGACGACGGAAAGGAAACAAACGGAAAACGCCAGGCCCUCUGGGGAGAAAGAGAAUGUAGGGAAGUCAGGCUGGCAGAGCGAGGACGCUGCGGCGGAGGAGGAAACGCCGAGGAGCAGGGACCGUCGUUCCUUUGAGGCGGAGAGUGAGAAUUUUACAGAAAACGGCGGUGCAGACACAGCUGAAGGUGAUGGCCAUGUCUGCGCACAGCAGUCUCCGUUAGAACCCGAGUCUCCGGGUUGGUCUGGCUUUGUAGACACCACGGCUGCUAAAGAAUGCACUCCCCAGAAUCUGAAAUCCCAAGAUGUCGGGUUCUGGGAGGGGGAAGUGGUCCGAGAGCUGUCUGUGGAGGAACAGAUAAAGAGAAACCGGUACUAUGACGAGGAUGAGGAUGAGGAAUGACCCGCCGCCAUGCGCCAUGGUGCCACUUAGAUUCCUGUUAGCUCACUGCCCUGUAUCAAAUGGUGCGCAGAAAUGGGCAGCUUAGCGCCAAGGGUCAUAUAUGUGGGAGCAACUUUGGAAAUGAAUUCCCGCUAGCAAAACAAAACAAAAACAAAAACAAAAAAAAAAAACAACACCCCCCCCCAAAAAAAAACCAAAACUAAUUCUAAGUGCAUUGUCUAAGCACCAUUUUAAGCCUGGUGUGGUGGUACAUACCUUUAAUCCUAGCACUUGGAAGGCAGAAGCAAGUGGGUCUCUCUGAGUUCGAGGUCAGCUAGGUCUACACAGAGAAACCUUGCUUCAAUAAAACAAAACAAAACAAAAAAAACCAAACAAAAGAAACCCUCCAUUUUAGCAGGGAAGGGCUAAGCAGGGAUUUCUCUCACUGAUGUAGCCUGCCAUCCACUGCAUUCCCAUAAAUCAAUAUUGAAGUGGCUAGACAUUUAGAGGCACAUUUUCACACUACAAAGGCCGUUGUGGAAUUAGAGACAUACAGAACACAUUCAAGAGCCCACCUCAUGACCAGGGGCACUUUAUUAUAAAGGGCACAUUGUAGCUAUUUUACCAAUUUCAUUUUUUAGUACUCAACUGCUGAAAAUCAAAUAUUUAGUCUUUCAAGCUUCUAAAAUGCAUUUUCUUCCUCUGGUAGAUAUAGGGAGCUCACUGUCUCUCAUCCUACACCCUGUAUUUUAAUCACUGAGGCACAAAGCAGCAACCUUUGGCCAAGUGGGUUGGCUCGCCACUGGGAAAGGUGCUUCUUACCAAAGCUUGAGCAGCUGAGUUCAAUCCCCAGAACCUACGUAAAGGUGAGAGGGCAGCCUGCACAAAGUUAUCCUCUGACAAACGUCCCCUGGGGCACACAUGUCCAUCAUCAACAAUAAUAAUUGAGGUUUAAAAAAAUACAGCCAAUCUUACAAACACCUGUGAGACAAAGCCAGCCUAUAUACUUUGGUGUUCGGAGAGAGACACCUCAUACCCAGAUAGUCAGUGGCCUAGGCCAGUGUGUCCACCUGCACUCUGGGUGUUUGCCAUCUAUUCUAGUGGCUUCUCACACUUUACUGAAAGCUGCAGUGUUUCUGUAAUACCCUUUGGAUCACGGUUCAUCAUGCUCCAAGUAAAACAACCUGAGAUCAGAACUGUGAAGCCUCAGGGUUGGGGUAGAUCUUCUUAGUACUCAUUGGCUCUGAAAUGUAUUGAUUUUUAGGCCAGAUAAUUUUUCCAAGGUUGCAUUAAAUCAGUUUUAGGUUUGUCUUCUUAGGCCAUGUCCUACUUUGAUUCAUUAUUGUGAGAAAACCCUGGGCAGAAGCAACUUAGAGAAGGAGAGUUCGUUUCCAUUCACGGGCCACAGGUCACGGGCCACAGGCCACGGGUCAUCAGCCACUGGAACCAAAGGCAGAACCUGGAGACAAGAACUGCUCCAGACUGUGGGAACACUGCUCGCUGGCUUCAUCUCUGUGGCUUACUCAACUGGCUUUCUUACACCACCCAGAGCCACCUGGCCAGGGGUGGCACUGCUCACAACAAAAACAGACAAGGCCCACAGAUCUGUUAGAGGCAGCUCCUCAGCUGAGAGUCCCACACCCAGGUGAUUCUCUGCCAUGCUGGUAGUCAUUGACGAGCACAGGUGGCUUUCUCUGGUAUUAGGCUUUAGAACAUUAUAAAUGAGUGCAUUUCUUGUAUGUAACUGAUAUCCCAAAUUAUGUGUAUGGGAGGGGGGUGAAGGUAGAAGCCUUUUUGCAUUUGUAGAGAUUUAGCUCUGUUUUAGAGAUGUAAAAUAAUCUGUUUCCUUAUGGCCUUGUUUAGCCUAAAACAUUUUUAUUCAAUAAAGCUUUUAAUUUACA